CUUAUCUUAACCACGAAAAAAAAGAGCGACCAUGGCGGCGAUGGAUCAGCCGCACACGUCGUCUAGAUGCGUGGUGCAGACCGCGUCUGCGACGCACGACUUCGUGAUCGCCAACUACUCGCUCAUCCGCUACCUGCCCCCAGGCGAGGCCGUCAGCUCCGGCAUCUUUAGCGUCGGCGGCUACGAGUGGACCAUCAUGUUCUACCCGGGCGGGACCCUCUACUACACGGACACCCAGCCUGGCUAUGCACCGGCGUGCGUAAAGUCCCCGCCUGGCUGCGCAUCGGCGUGCGUAAAGAUCUGCAACGGCGCCACGGGCGUGCCGGCCAGUUUCAGCUUAGGAUUUCUUAACCGCUAUGGCGAGGCGUUGCCGGCGACGUGCGCAACAGCUGUCUUCCGUGCUUCGCCAUCCGACAGGUCGGGUUUUUUGGAUGUGGGCCGGACAUUGGAUCUGGCAUCACCGUGGUACCUCAACGACGACUGCCUGACCAUCAGGUGUGUCCUCGCCGUCAUCUUUGAACAUACGGAGAACACCAAGAUCGGCCCGGCCGCACUGGUUCCGCGGCCGGACCUGCCCAGCCAUCUCAAGUGCAUGCUCACGGACGGGAAAGGCACGGACGUCACCUUUGAUGUGGGCGGCCGCUCCUUCCCUGCCCACAGGUGCCUGCUCGCAGCGAGGUCUCCCGUGUUCAACGCGGAGCUCUUUGGCCCGAUGAGGGAGAAAGACAUGAAAAUCAUCAAGAUUAACGACAUGGAGCCGGCGAUCUUUGAGCUGCUCAUACACUUCGUCUACAUGGAUUCGCUGCCAAACGACGGCGAAGACUGCAGCACCGCGGUGACACAACAUCUGCUUGUUGCCGCGGACCGGUAUGGGCUGGCCAGGCUGAAGCAGAUGUGCGACGCAAAGCUGCGCGCAAGCCUGAACACUGAGACAGUGGCGGCGACGUUGGCGCUGGCAGAGCAGCACCACUGCCCGCUGCUUAGGGAGGCAUGCGAAGCGUUCAAGUCCUCCUCCGAAGUGAUGGCCCAUGUCGUGGCGAGCGACGGGCGACAGAUUCAAGGAUCUGGCGGGCUACAGCAUCGCUAAGCUAUCUGUGUAUGAAACUAUCCAGUAGGCUCGAGUGGAGGACCAGGUCGAUUAUGCAAGUGUUCAUCUAGCAUUCCAAUGAAUCACAUCCUGGGCAUAUGUAUCUUCUUCCAAAAACUACUUCUGCACUCAUUGUGACAACUGAUAAGCAUACAAUAGUUAUUCUUUUUGGAGCGGAACUAAUGUGAAGAUAUAUCCGUUAAUUCAUCUGAACAAAAUCUGUAAUCAAAGAAGAAAUGGAUGAGUGUGAAGGUGCUUAGAUUUUUCUUCAA